UUUCGUAUACUGCGUUACAAUGCAGUCGGUGUCCACUUCACAAAUCAUAUUUUUGUAAGCGUUCUAGAUAUUGUGAGUGCUAUUCUGUCUUUGUCUCCAUUUCUUUUGAAUUUCUUUUGUAGUAUACUCUCGCUAAUAUUUUGAAUCACGAGUUAUUUCAUACCUAUAUGGCCGUGAAAUUUUUUUGAUGAGUCAACCUAAUCUCCUUAUUUCGAGGGAUAUUUUAGGGGAAAAUCCCAAAAUGUGCCAUUUCCUCAAAGUCUUCUAUUGAGGCUUCCCCAUAAUAGGGAGGCUGGAGGUUCUUGACGUACGACGAAUUAAUGGGUGACCUUCAGGUUAACCAAACAAAUUUCAGUUUUCGUUUAAUAUCUCCAGAAUAUAAGGAAGUCUCUGCCGCAGAUGACCAGAUGUCUGAUCGUUUAUAAUAUAUAUUAUUGACCGAUACUUAAACUUAUUAACACUAAAUAUCGAUAACCUAAUCUACCGACCUUGGAAAAAUGUGAUACAAACCAUAAAAUCUCCACAGGCAAUUUCACAUGACCGCUAAAUGUCCCGAAACUCGGGAAACUGAAGAUUCAGACUAUAUAUAAUAGUUCUGUUAUCAUUGUAGACCCUAAUUUUUAGUUCGUAAUCUAUCAAAUUCCAACUGCCCUGAAAUUCCGAAACUCUAGCUCCUUACCUUCAAACCCUCAAACCACAACAGCUAACUCUAGCACUCAAUCUUGACACACACAACCCAAACACAUUGACUCUAAGAGCUCAUUUUGCGAGGAGACGUUUUCCAAACUGCCGUAUGUAAUGAAAACCAUGAAUUUUAGUAGCAAUCAAUUUGCACUUUCGUUAUCCUUACCUUUAUUGGUCACUCAAGUUCGUCAGUACAGUAUUUUUACCAAAAUCAUACGUAUAUGAGAGUCAUUCAUACUUGAAAAUCAAAGAUUUUACACCGUUUAAUUUCUGUCGUCAAUAUCAUGCCUUCUACUUUUAUCAAUCUUAGUGUCAUUAGUGUUUUUUUGUGUCAUGUUCGACAUGUUUUUUUCGUUAAUGCUCAAUUAUAACUCAGCACUCCUAUUCCCUUCAUACUACAUGAACCAGAGAGAUUUAUUAGUCCCCAUUUUUACUCAAGUGUAGACGAAUUCACGUUAAGAUGGCCAAAGGCUCAUGGUGAGUGAUACAUGACCUACUCAGUAGACGUCGAUUUUUCGUUUUCAAUCGAUAAUUAUCCUACAUACAGGUACCUCUGAAGAUAGGCCACUAACUUUUAAUAACUUACUGAAAGCUUCUAGUUGAGUAUAUUUUCUUUGUAAUUGAAUUAUCCCUAAGAAAUAUAACGUCAAUAUAAGUGGUCAAGGUUCGGAACUGGUUACACUGAAAUGUUUCUCACCUUACGUAAUAUUAGGAUUUUUUUCGUCCCAUUAUUCAUGUCAGAGUAUAUGCUCAUCCCUCUUAACAUAUCUUAGGUCAGUGGUUUAAUCUUUUUAAAUUCGUGCUCUAAACUUAAUCCCGUUUUAACCUAGGAGAUUCGGCUGUACAUCUCUUAUUGGGCUUCGUCCUCAGGUCUUGGUGCACUUUGAAUUUAAAGGCUGGCUAGUGUCAUUACUUCUCAUUGUCACUCAAGCUAAGUACAGGAACUCGCGCUUAGUUUUUGAGUUAUUAUGAAAUUUUCAGAUUGCUUUUCUUAGUGAUUGUGGGACUCAAUGGUACAGUUAUCCUGUCGAAACUAUCGUUUUUCUGUAACCGUAUUUCCAUAGUCUUUUACAUUGUUAAGCAAAGCUUUAUCUAAUAUCUGGAACAUUCAUUGAUAUCACUAAAUCCUUAAUAACUACUAUCUAAUCUCUCAGCAAAAAGUUACUAGGUGCAUUAAUCGCUCCCUUAUUUUGUCGUUGGAAUGGAGAAAGAAAGAAUGAAAAGUGUGAUCGAAUUCUUCUCUACCCCAUUGGAUGAAGAAGAGCUAAUCGAUGGGGAAAGUAAACCCGAUGAAUUGUACAUUCUCUGUGAUGAUCCUAUGCAAGUACCCAUCAAACUCAUCGAUGAACAGUUAAGGUUCGUUGACCUUGCAACAGUUCAAGACCUUUUUGUUGACAAUUCAGGAUUUCUUGUUGUUGGUGCCAUUGGUUUACAGGUAACCAGAAAUAUUUUGAUCUCUCGCAAAUUUAGGGUUCAGGUAAAUCGUCCGUGUUAAAUAUUUUGGCGAAUUGCAUUUCUGACGGUUGUGGAGUUUUUGAUGCUCCUUUCAGUAUUCAAACUCUCAAAGACGUGGUGGCUAACAGCCCAUGUACUGAUGGUAUUAACCUAUAUAUUACACAAGAUCGUGUAAUUCUUCUGGAUGCUCAACCUCUUCUUUCAUUCGCACUCACCAACUAUCACACUCACUUGGUUGCUACUGGUAAUAUAACGUCUUCGUCCUCGAGUGCUCAUCCAGGACUUUCAUCUCUUAUAGGUCCUGGUAAUUGGAACAUGGAUGUUUGGGCUGAAAUGGCUUCUAUGCAGAUUGUCGCCUUCUUAAUAAAUGUAUGCCAUGUUGUACUUGUUGUUAGUGAUAAUUUAACUACUGCCUCAACUCAGUUACACCGGUUAAUCGAUAGAGCAAUAGGUCUUAAACCAACUGUCUUUACACCGAAUGCCAUACCAAUCCAUACCUUACGUGGUCGUCAACAUUCUGAUGUGCAGAAAAAGUCAUCAGAUAAUGCUAAGAAUUGUACAGAUAUAAAAAAUUUAACAACUAGUGUACAAGGUUUACAAAUUUCUAAUUUAAAUAAAACUAAUCCAUCGAUUAUCAACAAAGAUAAUAAAAGUUUGGAAGUUGAAGAUGUUGAUAUUUCAUCUUUGUCUGAACAGCAACAAUUUAUUGGGAAUUAUUCCACAUCAAAUAACAUUCUUGGGCAAUAUCUUCAUUCUUCUGAAGCUGAGUCUAAAGAUGUUUCAAAUGCAAUUAAUCGACUGAUAAAUUUAACUGAUUAUUCAGCUUCAUUAAUUCAUGUAUAUAAUCAGGCUCCAGCAGCUGCAUUUCUUGACCCGGUUGUAUGUGAAAAAUUAGAUAGGUAUAGAAAUAAAAUACUACCACUUAUGUACCCGGAGUAUAGAAGGUUAGUAUCACUUGUUACUGUUGGUCCAAGAGUUUUAUCCUCUCACCUCCAGUCACGAAAUCGUGAUCAGCCUACAACUGCACGUCAAAACUCUGCACAAAAUGAUACUCGUACUGAAAUAAAUCAAAACAAUACUGACAUAAAGCUAACUAAAAACAGUUCAGAAAAUCGUUUAGUUCCUGACAAUUUUGUCGCACAAGAUUAUUCAGGUUUUCUUGAUACUCAGGAGAAUUCUGUCCUACCUACUCCAUCAGGACUUUCCGAACCGUCAUCAGCUUCAUCAGACAAAGGACUUGCAUCAUCAUCACAAAAGCCUUCAAAUAUCAGCGCAGAAACAUUAAUUUCAGUGCAAGUUGAUAAUCAGUCAAAAUCUAAUCCGACACACUGUUUAACUUCAAUAAAUACAAUUCAAGAAAAAUCAAAGCCUUUUCCUGGUGAAAAACCUGAUGGGUACAUUCCCUUGGAUAACAGUAACAAUAAUGGUAAUAAUUGUGUUAGAAAAUUUGGCUUAUCAGAAUCAGAGAUAGUAUCACAGUGUUGCAAUGUUUUGCACAAUGUAGAAGAUGAACUCAAUUCUAUUUUAAAACACACUAACUUAUCCACUGGUGUUGACCAUCACAAGGAGAUUGUAGAAAAACGAUCGGGAACAUUACCGGUCGAAGGUCAGUUGUUCGAUAAUGAUUUAUUACAUAUACCUGGUAUUAAUGGUGAAAAGUUGAAUGCCAGUCUUGUUCAAAUGUAUCAUGAUGUACAAACUACCAGGUGUAACUUUUUCGAUGUUCAAAAGCGGUUAAAUCAACCAAGAUUGUUCUUGAUACCAGAAGUUGACGAUGAAGGACAUUCGCCGUUAGGGUGUCCAACAUACCUGACAUCAGCCCGUAUUUUACAAGAAGCGGUUUUCUCUACACCUCGACAACAUAUGAUGCCUAAUUUCACGGAGAAGAAAUGGAUAACAUAUGUUCAUAAAAUGUGGGAUGCUGUAAUACAUUCUCCUUUGCUACUCGAUUAUCAUUCUGUUCGGAUGAAUCAGAUAUAAAUGUAACUUUUAAAAGACUGUUUAAUAUUAUAUUUCACCACAGUAAUUCAUUUUUACAUGAAAUACAAUUACACUUUUUUU